GGGGGCGCAUGCGCAGAAGACGUGGCAGCUGGCGUAGAGACUGAGGAGGCGCCUCUUGUGCUGGCUGGGUGUCGUUGUUGGUCAGGAUGGACGAGGAUAUUUUGACCACGCUGAAGAUCCUCAUAAUCGGCGAAAGCGGUGUAGGCAAGUCCAGCCUUUUGUUACGGUUUACAGAUAACACAUUUGAUCCAGAACUUGCUGCAACGAUUGGUGUUGACUUCAAAGUGAAAACAAUCUCAGUUGAUGGAAAUAAGGCUAAGCUUGCAAUUUGGGACACUGCAGGCCAAGAGCGAUUCAGAACACUAACACCCAGCUAUUACAGAGGAGCACAAGGAGUUAUAUUGGUUUAUGAUGUCACAAGAAGAGACACAUUUACUAAAUUGGACAAUUGGUUAACUGAAUUGGAAACAUACUGCACAAGAUAUGACAUAGUUAAAAUGCUAGUUGGAAACAAGAUAGAUAAGGAAAAUAGAGAAGUUGACAGAAAUGAAGGUCUUAAAUUUGCCCGAAAACAUUCCAUGUUAUUUAUAGAGGCAAGUGCAAAAACAUGUGACGGCGUACAAUGUGCUUUUGAAGAACUUGUUGAAAAAAUAAUUCAGACUCCUGGACUGUGGGAAAGUGAAAGCCAAAACAGAGGUGUAAAAUUAUCGAAUGAUGAAGAGGGUUAUCGGGGUGCCUGCGGUGGCUAUUGUUCUGUGUUAUAAACUCUUACUACGAUUAUUUACUUAUUUAAGAGGUAGAAAUAUCCUCUGUACAUAACUCAUAUCUGCUAUUUUAGGGACCUUGCAGUUUGCACAUAUUUGUGUAGGAUGGCAGGAAACAUUUUCCAGGGGAAAUGUAUCCUGCAGCUUUUCCAAUGGAGAAAUGCCAUGGAUAAGCAUGCCAAAAUUGCAACGUUCUGGUUUUUUUUUAAUAUAUAUAUAUAUACAUACACACAUACAUACACAUAGCAUCCCAUCUUGCUAGGAACAUGCACACUCAUAUUUCAUAACUUUAUCAAGGAAUAUUCAGAAUACAUUUAUGUUGACUGUGUACUCUGGUCUCUAACCCAAAUCACAGGAUUAUUUGAGGUACAUCUCAAAUGAUGCAGAUAGAAAUAAGACUUGCACUUCUUGCUGGCAAUUGCUUUUCUUAACUGUUUAAUAGCAUGAUGAUACAAUCUUUUUUUAGCUGUAAGCAACACCUUUUUUAGCUUGUAACUUGUCUUGGGUGAUUGUGAAUUGCAAGGGAAGGAAAAGGAUAACUUUUUAAAUGAUCACUGCAAUAAGUAGCCAUUGGAGUUUUAACCCUGAAAAGCAUGGAACGGUACUUUGCACCACAAAGUUCACGCUGCAAAUCUAUAGGAGAAUGCUUUUUUAGUUAAGAGUUUCACAGAGUAGCAUUGUGUAAAUCACCUUGUUUCUGUGUGUUACCAGUGUGAUUUAGACUCAGUAACCCAAAAACUACUGAGCCUUGAUGUUUGAAAGCUUUGAAUUAAAUGGCUGCUGCAUUUGCAGCUAUUGAUUCUAAACCUUAAUUGUUGAAAAUAUCUCCUGGAUGUGGGUGUAUGUGUAAGGAAUAUGCUGUUUUGUUGAGGUUUUGCUGUAACAAACAGCCUGUGGCUGGCUUGUUUCAGGGAACUUGUUAAUAAAAAAAUUUCGGCAGUAUUCUUUUCCCCCCUUAUGUAUGGAUGAAUUUUGGAAAUCCUAAUGCAAGGACACUUAAUAUGCAAUACUGGCAUCCCCUUCUUACUAAAAAUUAAUAAUCUAGAUAAGCAAUUUAAAUUACUGUGCAAUUUCCUGUAAAUACAGAAACAGACAUGUGUUUAUACUUUUUUGUACACUUUAGGCACUGCAAACUAUUGUUGAUUUUUCAAAGAGUAGACUGCUGUUCCAAUUUGAAUGCACUUCAUUUAUAAUAUUUCAGUUUUUACAUUUUUAGAAAACCAUGGAAGUUACUGUAAUGAAGAAUUGCAUUUAAAAUAACUGAAAGUUUCACAUGCAUUGUACUAAACAUUAUAUAAUGCCACUUGAUUUCCAUCUCCUUUGCUUAGUAAAUUAUAGAUCAGCAAACGGGGGCAUGUUUCUUUGUAAUACAGGUAAGGGCAGAACGAAAUUUUAUUGUUGAAAAGUAUGUUUUUUUAACAUUGUAAUAAAAGUUUGUGCAGCAGAAACUCAUCUCAUUAAAAAAGUCAGAUUAUUUGUUUAUCUUUCCCCUUCAUAUUGUUUUGACCCACUUGAAGUUUUGGAUUAAUUUGAGUAGUAUUUUUUUUCUUCAAAAUCCCUAUUUUCUAUCCCAAGGUAACUCAAAUUGUGUGUGCAAAAAAGUGAAACCCUUUGAAUUAUAGAUAUAAUAAAACUUUUUAAUAUUUUACGCUUUUUUAUGCUUUGUCUGGAAAAAAAGAGAUGCAAAAUCUUUUAAAGCACCAAACUACAUACUCUAAUCAGUGAAUAUACAAAACCAAUCCACAAUUAAUUGAAACUUGUCUUAGACACUAUCUAUAGAAAUGGACAAAACUAAUCUUUUGGUGGGAUGUUACACAUGUAGGAAUUGCAAAGUCUCACGUACCUCUCUGGAAAUUAAGAAUAAAUGGUUUGAUAUCAUCUAUAAUUAUGCCUAAUGCAAAGUUGAAAAUGUACUGUUCCUUCCAGCAAAUUGCCUAUGUCUACUUGAUUGGGGAAGAGGUAAGCACAGUUUUUGAGGUAAAAAGUAAGGUAGCCCACAUUAACUAUCAUUUUAUCUCUUUCUUUUUUCACGAAUGAAGGCAAAUGCAUGUGUCCCAGGAUAAUUUCUUCUUCUGAUCAAUCGUGUGAUUGUCAUACACUUAUUUUCCUUAGUAUCGUGUUAAAUGAGAGAAUCCAAUUUCGAUAAUGUCUUAA